UCACAUCCUGCGCUUGCGUCAAGGUUUAGCUGCGGCGAGCGCCGGGCCCUCUCAGGGUCAAGUUCCUGCCAGCUACUUCCUGCCUCACCGACGUCUUGGUAGUCAAGGGCCCACUUAAAUACUACAAGACAGUCCACAAUUUCUGCUCUGGGUCACGAGAGUCUCGGGCGAACUGCGGCAGUUUUGGGACCGAGCAGCGUGAUUGGCCAUCACGACUUGUUUCUUCCGAGCUGUACACUAACCUGAUUCCUACGCGACACCGCUUUAUUUCCCGUGCAGUGAGCCGAGCGGACCAAGAGCUGCUCCAGCCCCGUCGCCUUGCGACUGUCCCUCGCGCUCGCUCCCCGUCUCACGGGCACGGCGAAGCCAAGUCAUCUCGCCACCGCGGCAUCAGUCCAGCAGCCCCUCGGGCUCACCAUGACACCAGCUGCGCGCGAGCGUCUUCAGUGUGACCCCCGGUCACUCAUCACUAUUGGCUGACAAGCAGCAGUGCUUCAACAGCGCCUGGCCUGAACAGCUGCAGUGCAGGGCCCUCGGCCCCGCGCUCCAAGCCAAUCUUCGGCAACAGCAGCGACAGCGAGCGUUCCAGUUCAGGCACCGACAGCCGGCGCAGCCAGUGUACCGGUCAAGCGCCCCCACCUACUGUCGCCGCGCCACCUCCUCUUGCCGCAGCGCCGCCGCUCCCAGCGGCCGCGCCGUUGCCACCGCUAGCGCCCCCCGGUGCUGCAACAACUUCUCCGACUCCAACGAGCACACCAUGAGCAAGCUGCUGUUCAAGCCCAUGGACCCCUGGGACCAUCAGUCGGUCCCGCCGCUGUCCAAGCACCUGAAGGAGCAGCUCAACGGCACGCGCAAGUACCACGGCAACUGCGCGUAUGAGGCCGUCCCUGUCAGCGAGGCGCUCCGCAUCAUCGACAGUGGACCCGAUGCCAACACUGCCUACCACUUCUGGUGGGCCAAGGAGCGUCCCACGCUCCAGGCGCGCGCGCUGGCCCACCAUCAGGCGGCCAACCCGGCGCAGCAGGGCCAGCAGCCGGCACCCAUGUGCGGCCACCACGUGAUCGACUUCUACAUCAAGCUGCUGCACGACCACUUCGCCCUGGACCGUGCCAGCUUCUACGAGGACCGCUACAACGGGCUGCAGCAGACCGAGGACAAGACUCCCUCCCAGCUGCUUGCCGACAUGCGGCAGUGUGAGCCGCACCUGCACGCCAUGCCUCCGGACAAGUUCGCGAUGGACUUCGUGCACAAGCUGCACCACAAGAUCGUGCCCAACGUCAAGAACCGCUGGGACAUCAUCGCCGUCACCGACUGGUACGGCCGCAUCUCCGACAUCGCCAAGGACGCCGACAUCGCCUGGGACAACUACCGGCGGGAGCAGUCCUACCAGCGGCGCAUUGGCGGGGCCGUGCCUGCCAGCAGCACCCGCGGCACCAUGCCCGCCAGCAGCACCGGUGCUGGGCCCAGCAGCUCCUCAGAGUCCAUGGAAAUGCAGGCGCUGCUGCAGGCCAUUCGCGCGCUCGGACCCAGCGACCGCGCCAAGGUCUCCCGCGCGCUGCAGAAGUAGUCAUGGCGCAUCAAGGAUCAGCGCCGCGUGCCCUCGGGCGGCGGUGCCUCAGCCGCUCGCCCUCG